GAAGAGUUGUUGUCGGGAGAGGGAGGAGAAGAGCRGAUCGUAGACAGGGGCAAAGUGUAAAAAAACAGCAUUUAGAUAGGCGGAAGGAAAAACAAACAAACAAAUAUCAUGGCAUCGGGAGAUACUCUGUACAUAGCGACGGACGGGUCCGACAUGCCAGCCGAAAUCGURGAAUUGCACGAAAUUGAAGUGGAGACGAUCGAGACCACAGCUGAGGACGAUGAACACCAGCCCAUGAUCGCCCUACAGCCGCUGGAUGAUCCCAGCUCCAUUCACUCGCACCAAGAGGUGAUUCUGGUGCAGACGAGAGAAGAGGUUGUGGGCGACGAUGACUCCGAGCUGCACACGGACGACGGUUUUGAGGAUCAAAUCCUUAUCCCGGUGCCGGCCGUGGAAGAGGACUACAUCGGGCAGACUCUGGUUACCGUCGCCGGCAGGAGCUCGUCUUCAGGCCGGAUAAAGAAGAGCGGAAGCGGGAAAAAAGCGAGCAAAACGAGCUACAUGAGCGGAGUAGAAAUAGGCCGAAAGUGGGAACAGAAACAGGUCCAGAUAAAGACCCUGGAGGGGGAGUUUUCAGUAACUAUGUGGGCAUCGGAUGACAAGAAAGACAUUGAUCAUGAAGAGCAAAUCACAGAAGAGAUUGCCCCUCCAGAUUAUUCUGAAUAUAUGACUGGAAAGAAACUUCCUCCUGGAGGUAUUCCAGGGAUCGACCUGUCAGAUCCCAAGCAGCUGGCAGAGUUUGCCCGAAUGAAGCCAAGAAAAAUAAAAGAGGACGAUGCGCCCAGAACGAUAGCCUGUCCGCACAAAGGCUGCACUAAGAUGUUCAGGGACAACUCGGCGAUGAGAAAACAUUUGCACACGCACGGACCCCGCGUGCACGUCUGCGCAGAGUGCGGCAAAGCUUUUGUGGAGAGUUCGAAACUGAAAAGACAUCAACUUGUGCACACAGGAGAGAAACCUUUCCAGUGCACGUUUGAGGGGUGUGGCAAACGGUUCUCUCUGGACUUUAACUUGCGUACGCACGUGCGUAUUCACACUGGGGACCGCCCGUACGUGUGCCCCUUCGAUGGCUGCAAUAAAAAAUUUGCGCAGUCUACCAACCUGAAGUCUCACAUACUCACACACGCCAAAGCCAAAAACAACCAGUGAGUUUUCUCCGAGGAGUCCCGAGGGAUGUGACUCUGGGUCUGUACUUGGGCCUGUUUUUGUUGUGAGAUAAGCCUCUGUGUUUUGUUUCUACAUGAAAGAUUCAAACUGGAGGGAAUAACUUGUUUUUGAGAACACAGGAAAAGUUCAAGUGAAGAACUGGUGACCAGCAGAUGGCUCUGCCUGGAUGGAACGUUUUACAGUUUCUUCUCAGGAAGACAUUUAUCCACAAACCCUGCACCUAAAAAAAAAAAAACAGAAACCUAUUUAUACCUUAACAAAACCACUUAAAGUUUUUGCAAUAUCAAGUCAAAUGUGUAUAAAUCCUCAGAACCAACUUUUCAAUUUUGUAACUUUGAAGUGUGCAUAUUGUACACUGAUUUAUGAAGCUUUGUUGUCGCUUAUUUCAGACCGUUGUGUGGGUCUAACAGAAAAAAGGUUUCAAAGUUUGUUUUACUUCCCCUUUCCUCUCCUCUGUAGGACUUUUGAGGAGAUUCACUGUCAGAAUCGUAGAUACUAGUCGUGUUUUUCUUUGUUUUGCUCUUUCAUUAGUGAUGAUCAACAAUUAAAUCAUUUUCCAGUCGAA